CCUCGGCGCGGCCGGAACGUUGUGGCGCAGGCGAGCGGCGCGGCGGGGCCGUUCGUGCGUGGGAGCGCCGUGCCACGUCUGAGCAGCGCGGGCGGAGGCCAGCGGGGCCGGGCCGGGCCGCUCAGCGCCGGGAGCGCCGCGCCGCGGGAGCCGCCGCCAUGGUGUCGGUCAUUAACACCGUGGACACCUCUCACGAGGACAUGAUCCACGAUGCCCAGAUGGAUUACUACGGCACUCGGCUGGCCACCUGCUCGUCCGACAGAUCUGUGAAGAUCUUUGACGUCCGGAAUGGAGGGCAGAUCCUCAUCGCAGACCUGAGGGGGCACGAGGGUCCUGUGUGGCAGGUGGCCUGGGCUCAUCCCAUGUACGGGAAUAUCUUGGCUUCCUGUUCCUAUGACAGGAAGGUGAUCGUCUGGAAGGAAGAAAAUGGCACUUGGGAAAAGACAUAUGAGUACACAGGGCACGAUUCCUCAGUGAAUUCUGUCUGCUGGGCACCACACGACUAUGGAUUGAUCCUGGCCUGUGGGAGCUCGGAUGGGGCCAUUUCCUUACUGAGCUACACGGGUGAUGGGCAAUGGGAAGUCAAAAAAAUCAGCAACGCACACACGAUUGGAUGUAACGCAGUUAGCUGGGCUCCUGCCGUGGUACCAGGAAGCCUUGUAGAACAACCAUCUGGUCAGAAACCAAACUACAUCAAAAGAUUUGCAUCUGGUGGCUGUGACAACCUUGUCAAGAUCUGGAAGGAAGAAGAUGGUCAGUGGAAAGAAGAGCAGAAGCUGGAGGCCCAUAGUGACUGGGUUCGAGAUGUGGCCUGGGCUCCAUCCAUAGGCUUGCCAACAAGUACCAUUGCUAGCUGCUCACAGGAUGGCAGAGUGUUUAUUUGGACAUGUGAUGAUGCCUCUGGCAAUUCAUGGUCACCAAAGCUACUGCAUAAAUUUAAUGAUGUUGUCUGGCAUGUGAGUUGGUCCAUUACUGCAAAUAUUCUCGCAGUGUCUGGAGGAGACAAUAAAGUCACACUCUGGAAGGAAUCGGUAGAUGGCCUGUGGGCUUGUAUCAGCGAUGUCAACAAGGGCCAAGGAGGGGUUUCUGCUGUGACGGAGGGGCAGCAGAACGAGCAGUGACAGGAGUGGAUGUUCCAGCUGCAACACCUGGUUACUGUGCCUGAUGGGCAAUGUUUCUUCAACCAGACAAGAACUGAUUUUAUCUAAACUGGAGCUGAACAUGGGAAACAAAUAUCCAAUUUUAUGAGCACUCUCUUAACUAUUACUGGGAGGCUACAAUCUGUUGAUAAUCAGCCUUAAUUGACAUUACCUUAAAUUUAAGGGCAAGAGCAUAGCAAAGUACUGUGCCUUAUACUACUCCUUGAUACUGCAGAAAUUGUACACAAAUUGUACACAAAUUCAAUGUGCUGUGGUCAGACUUCAGGCACCUGAGCAGGAAAAGGAAGAGUCUGGCAGAGUGGUCAGAUUUGAAGACCUUUGCGCAAGGGGACAAAUAUUCUGUCCUUUCAAAGGCCAGAGCUUAGUUUCAAGUGAGAGGAAUGACUGGUGGAGUUUCCAGUAUUAGGUGACAGCUUGCUCACUACCCCUUCUGGUAGAAGGGACAUGGUGCUUAGAUAUUCAUGAAAAGAAGGUGCUUUCCUGAAGAUGAAAAGGAGUAGUGGAAUGCAUAUGUCUUUGCUUUACAGUACUCUUAAACUUGGUUAUUUGACCAACAUCAAUAAAUCAAACUACAAUUUGAAGAUUUUUUUUUUAGCCUCAUGUCUGUACUGUACCUCAGGUUUUUGUGUUGAAAUACCAACAGAAUAAAGUUGUAUUGGCUAAA